CCAACUGUGACACCAUAAGGACCCUUUUGAGAAACACCUUUGAAUUUAAGUCUUAAUAAAUAAAUAUCAAGAUGGAAGUAUUAUUUUUAUUAUGGAGUUUUGUUUUGUUUUCUGGAGUAACUGCCUUGCCAGUGGAUAUUGAUGAUACGGAUGUUAUAAUAGUGGAUGCUGGAGAGAACAGUAUAGAUGGUGAUGAUUUUGCUGUAGAUGUAUCCAGUUUGGGGCCAGAGGCAUUUGGAUUACCGCAAAAUGAAAGUGGUGACACCGUAGCCGAAUGGACAGAGUCGUCGCUCAUGAACCCCGAGGAAAUGGGAGGGUACGCUGAGGGUGACAUACUGAUGCCGCAGCUAGGGAGGAAUGGGAUGCGCGAAACAACAUCUAGGUGGUCAAACGGCAUUAUACCAUAUGUGAUUGAUACAACGUACACUAAAGAGCAACGCGACAACAUAAUGCGAGCAAUAGCAGACUACCAUCGCCUCACGUGUCUGCGGUUCGUGCCUCACAGCGGACAGACGGACUACAUUCUGAUCAAGAACACUAACACGGGCUGCUGGUCCAGUGUUGGACGGAUUGGCGGCCGUCAAGAGGUGAACCUCCAGGCUCCCGGCUGCGUAAGCAAGAAGGGGACCAUAUUACACGAGUUGCUACACGCUAUCGGAUUUUUGCACGAGCAAAGUCGACCAGAGAGGGACGACUUCGUCACUAUACAAUACGGCAAUAUUAAAACCGGAGCCGAAAAUAAUUUUAAGAAAGCUGACGCUAAGCGCACGUACGACUACGGCGUGUCCUACGAUUACAACAGUGUGAUGCAUUAUUCUGAGUUCGCUUUCUCCAAAAACACACAGAAGACCAUUGUUCCCAAGAUGAAAGACAUGAAGCUUGGCCAGCGAGAAGGCCUCAGUCGCGGUGACGUCAAAAAAGUUAACAACAUGUAUAGUUGUAAAAAACAAGAGCCUACUACGGGAUGGGUCGGCCAAGUGUGGCAAAACUUUAUGGGAUCUAAAACACGACGAUCGGUUAUGAUUUAGCAAGCUUUUAUUUAUUAAUGGCGAUUUCAAAAAGUUUGUAUGUUAUUUAUUACCUAGUCUGUAUAAAUUAUACCAUAAUUUGUAAAA